UUAUUACUGAUAAGAGGUUAUAAUAAAGUUUCUAUAACCACAAUUCACGUUUUCUUACCACUCGAGAAAUCCACGAAAUACCAGUGUUUUCAUCAAAAUGUUCAAAGAACGCUUAGAAAAGUUUGAAGAAGAUGGACUAAAUUUAGAAGCUACAGGACGGCCCGAGUGUCAGGAUGUGUCGGGUAAACAGAUUGUCUCUCCAAGCAACUCAUCUACAGAGAAAAGACAGUUAGCCCUUACAAAGAUAUUCGGUGAUGAUUCUCCCUUCUCAUCCGACAAUAUUGAGGACGUCUAUAAGAGGAUGAUGGAUUGUGCACAAUAUUCUCUGGAUUCAAUCAGCACCACCGUCUGUGAUAACACUAUUACAGUUACGGGUCAACCAGAAGAGGAUAAAAACGUCCCAUUCGAUACUAUGACCAUCCCACGUAACAUUUUAGAAAAGUAUGAUAUGGAAAAAGUUGAGGCAUGA